CAUUAUUUUUUUCAUGUGAACACUGCUUGUAUUACUGCAAAUGUUUUUUUUGAUAUUUGAUGUUAUUUGAUAUUUAUAACUGGCAUGAGGUGUAUCACAGUUUAUGCAAGGUUUUAUAAAUGAAAUAUUUCCCAUCCUGCAAAAAAUUUACAAACAUUUUUUUAAAUAAAUAAACCCCCAGCACCCUAUACUUUUGUUUUCAGAUUUGUUACUUGCUACAGACUAGAAGCUCGACUGCUGGUAUAACGUCUAAUGGAAAUAUUUCUAUGUGCAUAGAGCCCAUUCCAAACUGAGAACAGCUAUCAGCCACUGGGGACCUAAAGACAAGAGCAAGAGUCAGACUGUGCUAUACACCCAUAAUCACCUAAGCGAUGGCUCACCAUUUCGAUGAAGAGAUCCAGACGUCACUCGCGGUCCUCUUGCUGGACUAUUUGAAGGAGCUCAGUGAUGAAGAGCAGAAGGAGUUUAAAUGGAACCUGAGUCACACAGGGUUAAAGCCCAUUCCCAGGGGGCAGGUGAUGCACUUGGAUAAAAUGGACGUCAUUGACAUGAUGAUAAGUUCUUAUUCUGAAGAAGGUGCUCUCAAAGUCACGCUUGAAAUAUUGAAGAAGAUGAACCUGAAUGACCUUGCUCAGAGAUUGAAAAAAGACAUGCGGAAGUGCAGCCAAGCAGGAAGUGAGCUGUGUGGUACAUUGCAGAAAAGGGAACUCAUGCCGCAAUGUCAGCGGAGAAUAAAGUGUAACCUGAAGGAGAAAUUUGAGCGUGUAUUUGAAGGGAAAGCUAAGGAAGGACAGCCAACACUUCUCAAUGAGAUUUACACAGAACUCUACAUAACUGAAGGUGGGACUGGAGGAGUCAAUGAUGAACAUGAAGUGACACAGAUUGAAACAGCAUCCAAGAAAAGGUUAACAGAAGAUACUACAGUCAAGUGCAAUGAUAUAUUUAAACCCUUAAGUGGACGCGUGGCACCUAUCAGAACUGUACUCACAAAAGGGGUUGCAGGUAUCGGGAAAACAGUCUCUGUAGAGAAAUUUAUUCUAGAUUGGGCUGAAGAAAAAGCAAACCAGCAUGUUCACUUCAUAUUUGCUCUUCCUUUCCGGGAUUUGAAUUUGAUUAAAGAUCAGCAUAGUCUGAUUGAACUGCUUUGCCACUUUGUUCCAGAUUUGAAAACAUUUGAACCCAAUGAACUGUGUAGGUACAAAAUCUUGUUUAUCUUUGAUGGUCUGGAUGAGUGUCGCCUUCCUCUAGAUUUUCAGAACAAUGAGAGUUGGUUUGAUGUAACCAAGAAAACAUCACUGGAUGUGCUGUUCACUAACCUCAUUACCGGGAAUCUGCUUCCAUCUGCUCUCCUCUGGAUAACCUCUCGACCAGCAGCAGCCAAUCAGAUUCCUCCUGAGUGCAUCCACCAGGUGACAGAGAUACGAGGAUUCAAUGAUUCCCAAAAGGAGGAGUAUUUCAGGAAGAGAUUUAGUGAUCAGAACCUGGCUUGCAGGAUUAUCACACAUGUGAAAUCAUCAAGGGCUCUCUUCAUCAUGUGCCAUAUACCAGUGUUCUGUUGGAUUUCAGCCAUUGUUCUUGAGAGGCUUUUUACUGAGACUGACAGUGGAGACAUUCCAAAGACUCUAACUGAAAUGUACACACACUUCCUAAUCUUUCAGACCAGUUUAAAAAAUGACAAGUAUAGGCUCCAGACCCCCGUAACACUGAAUAGGGCAGUCUGGUACAGAAAAUGGAUGGAUGGAUGCAUGAAAAACUAUGAAACCAGAUUUAAUAAACAUUCUAAAUCUGGCAAGAAAUUCCUUUUAAAACUUGGUAAACUGGCUUUUCACAACCUUAAGAAAGGCAAUCUCAUAUUUUAUGAGCAAGAUCUGACAGAGAAUGACAUUGAUGUCACUGAAGCUUCAGUUCACUCUGGAGUGUGCACAGAAGUCUUCAAAGAGGAAUUUGGGUUGUAUCAGGACAAGGUGUACUGCUUUGUGCAUCUGAGCAUUCAGGAGUAUCUUGCUGCUUUAUAUGUGUUUCUAUCAAACUCAUCAGCUGACCUGCUGAAGACUGCAGUGGAUGAGGCAUUAGAGAGCAAGAAUGGACACUUGGACCUCUACCUCCGCUUCCUCCUUGGCCUCUCAACAAACUCCAGUAAGACUCUGAUACAAAGGCUAAUGGCACAGAAAAGAACCAGAUCACGUGACAUUAAUGAGUCAAUCCAAUAUAUCAAGAAGAAAAUACAAGAAAAUUUGUCACCAGAAAGGACUAUUAACCUGUUCCACUGUCUGAAUGAACUGGGUGACAAUUCUCUAGUAGAAGAGGUACAAAGAUACCUGAAUUCAGGAAGUCUUUCAGCAAAAGACCUCACACCUGCACAGUAUUCAGCUCUGGCCUUUGUGUUACUGAUGUCAGAUGAGGAGCUGGAUGUGUUUGAUCUGAAGAAAUUCAUCACAUCAGAUGAAGGUCGCCAGAGGCUGCUGCCUGUGAUCAAGAAUUCUAGGACAGCUCUGCUGAACAGCUGUAAUCUCACAGAGAAAUGCUGUGAGGCAUUGGCUUCAGCCCUCAGAUCAAACUCCCCACCCCUGAGAGAGCUGGACCUGAGUGACAAUGACCUGCAGGAUUUAGGAGUACAGCUGCUCUCUGCUGGACUGGGGGAUUCACACUGUAACCUGGAGAUACUUAGGCUGUCAGGCUGUAGAGUCACAGAGAAAGGCUGUUCUUCCUUGGCUUCAGCUCUGAAGUCAAACGCCUCACAUCUGAAAGAGCUGGAUCUGAGCUACAAUCACCCAGGAGACUCAGGAGUGAAGCUACUCUCUGCUGUACUGGAGACUUCCAGCUGUAGACUGGAGAAACUGAAGGUGGACCGGUGUGAACUCACAGAGAAAUGCUGUGAGGCACUGGCUUCAGCUCUCAGAUCAAGAUCCUUGUACCUGAGAGAGCUGGACCUGAGUGACAAUGACCUGCAGGAUUCUGGAGUGAAGCUGCUCUCUGCA